AUGGGCAAGCAGGGCGAUUCCUCGGAGCCAUCCCCAAAAGAUUUUGCUGCUGGAGAAGCAUCACUACAACAGUUCGAUAAAAUUCACAUCAAGACGCUUGCUUAUCCGUGGAAGUACGUUGAUGAUCAGAAGCCAACAGAAUUAGAAUAUGAAUUAUUUUGCGGUGCUCUGGAAUCGUUUUGGUCAAAAGAUCUUGUUGAGCUCGUAACUGUGAACUGCAGUGACGAUUGGACCAUUGCUCUGGAGACGGUUCUGCCAACGCUACGAAGUAGUAUUCGAAUGUACUGCGAAUCUUGCGAAGAAAAAGCGCCCGAAUUGGAUGUCGAAUUAACGCGUUGGGUGAAAUUCGGAUUGAGCUCCAGUCAAUCAGCGUUAUAUUCCGAGAACAGUCGUCUGGUUAUGAUCGGUUGCAGCCUCGUCAAACAUCUUACACUCAUGCAUGACCGACAACUCAGCGCUGCUUUUUCUGAACCUUGCUAUCUGCGGUAUUUUAUGGAUAUCAUAUUAUCGGAGCAAUAUUGUGCUUCUGUUCGAUGCGAAGCUGCGCAGGCACUCCUACACAUUCUUUUUCAUCCUUCCACAUCCUUCGAAUGCAUGCUCGUCAAAAUCGACGGAUAUACACCGUAUGAACAAAUCGUACGCCUCUUCCUGAAACCUGAGGUUUGCAGCGUUAUUUUUGAUUUUUACAUGUCAGGAAAAAGGGCAGCUUACCUCCCUUUUUUCAUGGCUUUCCCCUCAUAA